AUGUAUAUAAACGUCAUUGCAUCCCAAUAAGUGGCCAAUUAUAGCAUGAACAAUACGUCACCCGGAUACUUUGGCAUUUAAAUACCUAUUGCACAUGUGCGGUAAAUAAAUUUCUUGUGUUUAGCCAUGGCUGGUAAACUGGGCAAUCGUAAAGUAGUGCUUAUUACAGGAGCAAAGCAAGGUAUCGGAUACCAAACUUCGCUUCAAUUAGCCCAUAGAAACUGGAAAGUCAUUAUGGCGGAUAAUCAAGAUCUAAGCGACGCUAAAGAAAGGAUCGUCAAAGCAACACUGAAUCGUACCGUGUCUGCCAACACUCUCGACCUCUCGUCGGAACGUUCAAUAAAAAAAUUUGUGACUUGGAUGAACUCAAACGAAGAACAUCUCGAUGUAUUGAUUAACAACGCCGGAUUAUUUACGACGGGAAAUGGAGCCGACAACCUGGAAAAACUUCUCUACGUAAACCAUUUAGGACCGUUUUUAUUGACUUAUCUACUAACAGAUCUCUUGAAGAAAUGUUCACCUAGCAGGAUAAUCUUUUUAAGCUCGUCGGGUGCGUUUUUCAACGACCUAAAUCCAGACCUAAAUCCAAAUGCUCCGUAUUUUGGAUUAACGAAGGAGUCUCUUAAAUGUUUCGGAGUACUUAAAACUUACUACAAUACUAAAGCUUUGAAUAUGCUUAUAUCAAAGGAGUUUUCCCGAAGGCUGCAGCAAUGUAACGUGACGUCGAAUUGUUUGCAUCCAGGAAUGACGAACACCAGCUUUUUAGUUAGGAAUUGCGAUAUGUCAUAUUUAGCGAAAGUAAUAUUCCAAAAUUUGGUCAAUUUCACCACUCAGGAUGUUUCUGAGGCAGCUAAGAAUGUUGUUUUCAUGACCACCUCUCCCACACUAACCCACGUUUCUGGAAAAUACUUUGCCAAUUACCAAGAAAGGCGUCAACCAAGAAUUUUGGACGACGAUGAGUUUUCUCGUCGAAUAUGGCAGCAAUGCGAGCUUUUUUUCGCCUUAUCUAACUGAAACUAAAUGGGAAAAUUGUUUUAAAUUUGGAUUCUAUG